AUGGCACACGAGGCGCUGGUACUCUUGGGAGUCGUCCAGGUCCCAGUUGCGAACCUGUACUUCGUCAGAAAUAUAGGAGGAGGUGUAGGAGAACGGCAACAUAGCAAAAAACAAGCCCAACGUCUUGUUGCUUUGUUUAGCAAGACGUCGAUUGACCAUGAAGAUCACAGGCAUUGGAUCGAUGGCUACGUGGAUGGAUCAGAUGUUCCGUCAAUUCUGGACCAGGUGGGAGGUUCCAUAACCCUGCACCAGAGCAACGCUGCGGGCUCCUAUCCUCGUCUGAGCGGUCAGCGGGUCGCGUAUACUCAUGGUCGCCACCGCGUUGAGGCUUCCGAAAAGAUUGACCCUCAAUCAUGUUGGACCAUCCUCCUCUAUAGCACAGAUCUCACGAUGCUCACCAGGAGCCGGGUCGUCCAGAGACGGACGGAGCAAUUCCAUCACGAAGAGCCCUACACAGAUGGUUACAUCUAUUCCAAACUUCGUGAACACAUUGUCGACAGUCCAGACUACAAUACAUGGUACAUGAGGCUCAGUACAAACAAGCAGAAGAAUUUCCAGGCUAUCAACAAACACCCAGAUGUUUCGACAGCUUUAGAUAGGCUCGUAGGCUUUCCGGGCCUCAUUGACGCCCUGAAACUGGGUAACUUCCGCAAGUAUUCUGCUUGGGGUCUUUUCAGCGAAGCCCAUAUGUGUCUCGAGCAUAUUUACAGCAAAUGGUCGGGGUACACUCGUGGCAACCGUUUCGUACAGAGGUGCCUCACUCCCCAGACCGUGGAGCUGCUGGAAGGACGAGCCCCAGCCAUCAGCCAGUCCGAUCAUGAAUGGGUCCGUGCAGUCUUCCGGGCCAAGAUGGUUUUCCCCGCAAUAACCGACCAGCAACAACGAGAUGAGCUGGAGAGAGGCAUCUUGGGAUCAUCGGGCAUGAUUCCAAGCCUUCGAUUCUUCCAGGCAAAUAUGCUCUACCUCGGAAUUGCUGCACAGAUCGUAUGGUCUCUCCUGGUUCCCAGCGAGCUCAGGAAGACGGCCAAAGCUGAGGAUGGGUCGACAACGCUUCAAUCAGCGCUCUGGGAGUGUUGGGUUGAGACGGAGCCGUACGUUGAAAUUCGAGAAGGCGAAUUUCAGCCGGUGCUCGGCCCUCCUAGCUUCAACCUAGCUUAUAACACGGUCAUGGUAGCAGCUCUUCGUCAGUUUGCCUACAUGGCUCGAGAGGGGCCAAAGGUUGAGCGUGGAGAGCCAGCACUUCGACCAUCAACCGACGACAUCAACUCUUGUGAGUCUUUAUUUCAGCGCCGAGCAAAGCUCCUAGGCUUCCGCAAUCGUCUUAUCGAACAAGGAGCUGCAAAGACAGCAACUCCAUUCGGCCCGGAGAAACAUGUCUUGGAACUGGGUGAAGAUGGUUUCUUGAGUCGGGUAGAGCGCCGCUGGGGCCGGCCAUUUGCUCGGGUGUUUCCUAUUAUUCAGGAGGUUGCUUUUCUGCCUCGCCUUCUUGAUGAAGAGGGUAAGUCAGGAACGAUCACAGAAGCCUUCAUCUUGAAAGAUUUGGUGCGGUCGUUCCUGCCCCAUUGCUCAUUCAACUUUGACUUGUCGCGUCGAAGCACACACAUCAACGGCCCUGCGCUAGAAGCCGGGCGACAGCUUGUCCACUCGGGCCACCAAGGGUCAAUAUCCGUUGAUCUAAGCCGGGGAAUCAACAUGAAUCACAAUGACUAUCAUAGCUUGGAUGCUGAGAGUACUGAAAUGGACGUGGACACCCCGCUGGCCUCGCCCGCUGUCCCAGAUUUUGAGGAUGAGGAUGUGCCCAUGGAGGGUCACUCCUUCGAACCGGCCGCAACUGAGGAAACCGAAGAGUCUGAUUUCUGGGAACAGCUCCUUUUCGAGUACCAGACUAAUACAAGUGCCAGCAGUCGAUCCAGUCGCCUGCCUUCGGACUCAUCGACGCUUGUGGUGGACGAUUUGAGUAACCCGGGAAGUCUUCUGAGAGGAUCCACCGCUUGCGGCAGUUCGUCUGCCUUUUCUAUCCCUGUGAUCGGUCGACCCUAUGGUCGCCAAGUGGUUCAGAAGACGACCCAGGACAUCAACCAUGCGGCGACUCACGGGAUGCUCUAG